GAAGUCUUCGUGCUCUCUAGACUCCACUCUCCACUCUCCAGAGCAUCGGCCUUCUGCUUAUAGAUAUAUAAUUGGCUGCUAGCUUUCCCGACGUCACCCUAAUUUUCUCUAGAGAAAAACAGAGAGAUGGGAAGAGCUCCUUGUUGUUCUAAGGUUGGGUUGCAUAGAGGUCCAUGGACUCCUAGAGAAGACACAUUGCUUACCAAGUAUAUUCAAGCUCAUGGAGAAGGUCACUGGAGAUCUAUGCCUAAAAGAGCUGGCCUGCUUAGGUGUGGAAAGAGCUGCCGACUAAGAUGGAUGAACUACCUAAGACCAAAUAUAAAGAGAGGGAACAUAAGCCCUGAUGAGGAUGACCUUAUUAUCCGACUACAUUCGCUUCUCGGCAACCGAUGGUCUCUCAUUGCGGGCAGGCUUCCAGGCCGAACUGAUAACGAGAUAAAGAAUUAUUGGAACACCCAUCUCAGUAAAAAACUCAGAAGCCAAGGAACCGACCCGAAUACCCACAAAAAGCUGUCGGAGACAGCCCAAUUAGGAUCAAAGAGGAAGAACAACAGCAGCAGCAGCAGCAACAACAACAACAACAACAACAAAAGCAAGAGCAGGAAGCAGAAGAGCAAGAGUAUAGCAAAUCUAGAGCCAGAGAAGCAAAAGGUUCAUCUCCCGAAGGCGACAAGGGUUAAUUCUUUUCGGAUACCAAGAAAUGAAAGCUUUGAUUGCAAUACAAUUAGUGGGUCUUCGGACCAAGCAAGAGAAGGAUCAAAAGUGGUAAAUAUUAUUCCUUGGAGCGAGUUGAUCAAAGACAGUGCUGAAAAUGGGAUCGGGUUUCUUGUUGGCGGUCAUGAUCAAGAUCAUGGUCUUGUCAACGGCUCAAAUUUUGAGUGCCCUUCUCAUAUACCCACAGGCGAGAACACGCUAGAGAAGCUGUAUGAGGAAUAUUUUCUAGAACUUCUCAAGCCAGAAGAAAGCCAAGUUGAAUUAGACGCCUUUGCGGAAUCGUUAUUGAUCUGAAAAAGAAAGGGAAAAAAGCAACGUACGUAGGGGCGCAUGUGUCGAAGGGAGGAUUAAGGUUUCACCGUGAGAUCCAAAAAGCGUUUGAAUCUUAGGUUCACGUGCUCACCUUCACCUUCUGGCCAGCUUAAUUAGGUUAGAAUUAAUUAAACAAUUAAUAAUGGUUCCACGUACGUCUAGAACGGGUCAUAAUUAAUAAAACAAUCGUCAAUAGUGAAUGUGCCAUAAUAAUACAAUCGUGAUAGUGACGUUUGACGGUGCUUAA